GGUGAGUGGUUCAGGUUGUUCAGGUUAUGCCUUCAUGUGUUAGACCAGGCUGUCACCAAUGCGGACUAAGACUCCAACCUGCCAAGAGGAUCCACUUAACAACUUGAAAAGAGCGUCUGAUAAGGAGCAGGAUGCAGCAGUGAAGCUUGAGCAAGAGCGGGCCGAGAUAGUUGCCAAAUAUGACAAGGGUAAGGAGGCCAUUGUGGAACCCUGGGAGGACACCAACUUCCACCUGUACAAAGUUAUCGACCGCUUCGGCUUCCUCCAUGAGAAAGAGCUUCCAUCCUACGACUCGGUGGAAGAGAAGCAAAAACACACGGAAGUGGAGAGGACCACCAAAUGGCUGAAGAUGCUGAAGAGCUGGGACAAAUACAAGAACAGUGAAAAGCUAGUGCGGAGGAUCUAUAAGGGGAUUCCCCUGCAGCUCCGAGGUGAGGUGUGGUGUCUGCUCCUCGACGUUCCCAAAAUAAAGGAGGAGAAGAAAGACUUCUACGAGAAACUCAAGAUCAGAGCGAGAGGCCUGUCUCCUGACAUCCGGCAGAUUGAUCUGGAUGUGAACAGAACCUACCGGGACCACAUUAUGUUCAUGCACCGCUACGAUGUCAAGCAGCAGGCUCUCUUCCACGUCCUCACGGCCUACUCCAUGUACAACACGGAGGUGGGCUACUGUCAGGGUAUGAGUCAGAUAACGGCCCUGCUGCUGAUCUACAUGAAUGAGGAGGACGCCUUCUGGGCCUUGGUCAAACUACUGUCUGGACAGAAGCACGCCAUGCAUGGGUUUUUCGUCCCCGGCUUUCCAAAGCUGAUGCGUUUCCAGGAGCACCACGACCGUAUCCUCAAGAAGAUGCUGCCUAAACUGAAACAGCACCUGGACAACCAAGAGGUGUUCACCAGUCUCUACACCAUGAAGUGGUUCUUCCAGUGCUUCCUGGACAGGACACCGUUCACGUUGACCCUAAGGAUCUGGGACAUCUACAUCUUGGAGGGGGAAAGAGUCCUUACUGCCAUGUCCUACACUGUCCUCAGACUGCACAAAAAGCAUCUAAUGAAGUUGUCGAUGGAGGAGCUGGUGGAGUUUUUGCAGGUGUCUUUGUCUAAAGACUUCUUCUUGGAGGAUGACUUUGUGAUUGAGCAGCUACAGCACUCCAUGACAGAGCUAAGGAGGGCAAAGUUGGAGUUACCCGCACCAGGUAAAGACGACGAGUUUCCGAAGAAGCCUCUAGGGCAGCUUCCUCCUGAGCUGGCGGCUGGAGUGGCGAACCACGUAGCAAACGGUCAAAGCCACACUCAGCCAGCUGAGUCUCCGGCAGACCCCAGCCCCAUACCGGACCACCAGCGAGCCAGCAGGCCAUCCAGCUGGGCCCGCAGGGACUCCCUGGACAAGCCGGUCCGCCAACUCAAGGCUGAGAAGAGGGAUGCCCGCUCCAAGGGAUCAGGGGAGAUUCCCACCGAACAACGAAAGCAGCCCACCCCGUUGGCUUCUGCCAUCACCACUCCUGAGAGGGUAGUAACGCCAUCCCCUAUGACAGCUGCCCCUGCACUCCCAUUGAAGCCGGGCUCAGUAAUAGCAGAGUCGGGGAGGUCUCAGAGCCAUGCCACGGCAAACCACAAUUCCAACGCAGCCUCAAGCUCACGCAGGGACAUUGCACCGCGCUGGGUCAAGCCAUCUGAGAUCAAGCUUGAGGCAGCCAAGGCAGCAGCAGCCCGUGAGACUCAGCUGAGCCGAGGGGCAUCGCCAGCCCCCUCCAGCCCAGAUGACACCAUGCUGCCCCACCGUCGGCCCCGCUCCAGAGGCUUCAUCCCUGGCUCCAACCGAGGCUCCAACGCCUCCCAGUACGACAACGUUCCAGGGCUGCAGGAACCAGAAUUGGAAGUCCUGGAGCUCGAGAGGCCUCCGUCCAGAAUAAGGAUCCCACGCAGCGAAACCCCGUUCAGCACAUCACCCCUCCAGCAGGGUAGUCCAAGCCGCACACCCAGCCUGGCAGGGAGUGGAGUUGCCAUGACGACAGGACUCAGAUUAGCUAAACACCACGUGCCGCCUCCACUUUCCCUCAACACUCCAGCCGGGGCCCAUCCGAACUACUCCUCUGGCCUGGGUCACUACCACACUCCCCCCCAGCAGUACUCCCCAAGCAAGCCUGCCAUGGUUCCCCUCAUCCAUCCCGCCUACAGCAUUAACAUGGAUCACAGGGCGGAGGACCGAAUUUACACACAUCCCUCCCACGCCCCCCCGUCUGCAAACCUGGCAUACGGGGACAGGGCGUGCGCCACUGCCCAGCGGCAGCCCAACAGCAUCUCGCCGGAGAAAGUGCUGAUGAACAACUCCUACGCUACCUAUCGCAGGCAGCUUCCCAGCUCCGCCCAUGUCCCCCGCCAUGCCGGACCUGCCCCAGAACGCCCCCUGCAGCUGGAAAACCCCGGGAGCGCCACGCCCAUCUACCUGCGCCAGCCAACUCGGCUCAACUCCCCCUCCCAGCUCUACUCCACUGUAGACUACAGGGCGGAGAGGCAUAGAAGAAGAGAGCAGAACCCGCGCUAUCUGCCUGAGGGGGCGGUGGGGCGGCCCAUAGAUGGACAGCUGUGGGAGCAGGAGGUUGAGUUCCCCCUCCGCUCUCCAGGUGGGAUGCCCCGCUCGCCCAGUUUCCAGAGGGCCCAAAUGUCUCCUGUCCAAGAGUUCAUUUUCCCCAACCCACCUGACGGACUGAGCGACUACAGGACACAAUUCCAGGAGCGGCAGCCCCCCAUAAGACAGCAGCUCCCCCAGCUGUUCGGAGGGCCACACUACAGGCACGCACAGGAGGCAUUCGCCCUGCAGGAGUCCAUGCUGCUGUGAGAGCGAGUGAAGGAAGAAAAUGGAAAGAGAGAGAAAUGAAGAGACACUGAAAAACACUGAGGUGUAGUCACUGACACUGAGGCAAAGAUAAGCAGUAGCGCUACUGUUUAGUUUGUUGUUGUUUUUUUGUGCUUUACAUUUGAAGUACUGAUCUUCUAACCGUCAUACUGCGACGCCAAGUUGCAGGACACACCAGCCUCCGAUCUUUUUACUGAUCACGUUGAAUUAAAAAAAAAAAACUGACCGAAGAUGUUAUUUUAUUUUUGGAUGUGAAAUCAUUAAUAAUAGGUGAUGGUAUAUAUCUUGUAGAGUCUGAGAUGUACAAUGUACAGUAAAUAUUUUUUUGUUUUUGUCAAUAUACUGAGUUAUAGAAGCGUCAGUAGCAGGGGGACCUUCUCCUGGAGAGAAAUAACGCAGUGAUUUAUUUUCUUUGUCCAUCUUUACUUUAAAAAAAAAAAUAUAUAUAUAUAUAUAUAUAUAUGUUAGCUCGAAACAUUCCCAUGAGAAGGCUGGUCAUGCUUGUGAAGAUUUUUAUUUUUCGAACAUAAUCGAUGACGCGACGUCGGAUAACAGAGUGAGACAACGUCGGAAAGGUGCGUCGCCAUACGUUCUGACUUCCAUUUCAAAUUCGAGCGCCCCCGCUUGUAAAAGAUUACGUUUUGUUUGUUUCACGCUCCCUUUUUUUUUCCUACCCGGGGGUUUAUUUUUGCAUUGAGAUUAUUUUGUUAUUGCUGGGUUUCAGCGAUGUCUUUCAUUUCUGACCACGAUGUGCAAUGCAUUUCCCUCUCCCGUGUAAAGUACAUCACGGUUGUGUAUUUACGUGUGUGCAACUGAGGCCAGUGUAGUUUUAGCAGAGGCCCCGUCCUGUUUGGCUCAGGGAAUGAUAAGGUAUUCUGCAAGGGCUGAGAUUCGGAG